AUGAAGACCUUUGUAGCUCUUUCCCUCGCGGCUGUUGCCCAGGCUGCACUCAGCACCGAGACCAUCCACAAGGGCUCCGCUCCCGUUCUUAGCUCGGUUCACGCCGAGGUCGUUCCCGACUCUUACAUUAUCAAGUUCAAAGACCAUGUUGAUGAUGCCAAGGCCAACCAGCACCAAUCCUGGAUUCAGGACAUCCACAACGAUGGCGAGGAGGAGCGAUUUGAGUUAAGAAGGCGCAGCUUUGGCUCUUCUGUCAAGGAUGCCUUCACCGGAAUGAAGCACACCUACAAUAUUGACGGCUUCAAAGGUUACUCUGGUCAUUUCCAUGAAUCCAUCAUCGAAAAGGUCCGAAACCAUCCCGAUGUUGAAUUCAUCGAGAAAGACACAAUCGUUCGUACCAUGCUUCCCAUCGACACUGAGCACUCUGUCCAGGAGGACAAGUGCGAGCCUGGGGACACUGAGAAACAGGCUCCCUGGGGCUUGGCUCGUAUCUCACAUCGGCGUGGCCUGUCGUUCGCCUCCUACAACAAGUACCUGUAUGCCACCGAAGGUGGCAAGGGCGUUGAUGCCUAUGUCAUUGACACUGGCACCAAUGUUGAUCACGUCGAUUUUGAGGGUCGUGCCAAAUGGGGCAAGACAAUCCCAUCUGGUGACGCCGAUGAGGAUGGCAAUGGCCACGGCACACACUGCUCUGGAACUAUUGCCGGCAAGAAGUACGGCGUGGCCAAGAAGGCUCAUGUCUACGCCGUCAAGGUCCUCCGCUCCAACGGCGCUGGAAGCAUGUCUGAUGUUGUGAAGGGUGUGGAAUUCGCCGCCACCAGGCAUAUCGAACAAGUCAAGGCUGCCAAAGACGGUAAGCGCAAGGGCUUCAAGGGUUCCGUGGCCAACAUGUCUCUUGGCGGUGGCAAGACGCAUGCUCUUGAUGCUGCCGUGAAUGCUGCCGUCAAGGUUGGCAUUCACUUUGCUGUCGCUGCCGGUAAUGACAAUGCCGAUGCCUGCAACUACUCCCCUGCCGCUGCCGAGCACCCCGUCACCGUUGGUGCCUCGGCAUUCGAUGACAGCCGCGCCUACUUCUCCAACUACGGCAAGUGCACUGACAUCUUUGCUCCUGGCCUGAACAUUUUGUCUACCUGGAUCGGCUCCAAGUACGCCGUCAACACCAUUUCUGGGACUUCUAUGGCUUCUCCCCACGUUUGCGGUCUGCUCGCAUACUACCUCUCUCUUCAGCCGGCCAGCGACUCCGAGUUCUCGGUCGCUGCCAUCACUCCUAAACAGCUCAAGGAAACCCUUAUUCACGUCUCGACUAGGGAUGUCCUGUCUGACAUUCCCAACGACACACCCAAUAAGCUCGCCUGGAACGGUGGUGGCUGCAACAACUACUCCAAGAUUGUUGCCGCCGGUGGCUACGAGGGAACCCCCCAGGCUUCCGAGCUGGAGAAGAUGAAGAAGGUUGCUAAGGGUGAGGUCAAGGAGAUCUCAGGCAAGGUGAUCAAGGGCGUGCAGAAUCUCGGCGACCAGGCUGAGAAGCUGCUCGAGAAGAUUCACUCGGUUGUUGACAAGGAGAUUGAGCAUUUCAUCUCUGAAGUAACAGUGUAA